CAUUCGCACGGGGACAGCCUGACAGUCGCCGCUCAACAGGAGAACUGUGAGAGGUGAACCCGCGACUAUGAGAAAAUCGUAAAACACCCUCACCGAAGGCACUCCACUGACUCCAGACUGGACUGGGAAUCGACCUGGGAUUAAAGAUACGAUUGGCUGUUACAAGACGAGGUGCACGGCAGGAUUUCGAAGAGAGAAGAGACUGGACGAAGGAGCGGACGAAGGUGCAAACGGAUUUCAGUUGUGCGGUGCAGCUUAACAAGAUUCAUCCAGCAAAGUAGAGUCCAUCCAAAGCCAUGGAUUCAGCCCAGCCGCCCUUCGAGUCGGAAAUGAUGACUAUAAUCCCAAAUGGCAAGCACAGCGAGGACUUGUCUGUGCCCAUGAAAAGCCUGCCGGAGGAGGACAGGUUUGAGGAUACAGAGGGGCACACGGCAGAGGUUCAAGAAUUCUUACCCCACCCAGAUGGAAAGAAGCCCACUCGUUUUACAGAUUUUGAAGGAAAGACUUCAUUUGGCAUGUCUAUCUUUAACCUGAGCAAUGCCAUCAUGGGCAGUGGAAUACUGGGAUUAGCGUACGCCAUGGCCAAUACUGGCGUCAUCCUCUUUCUUUUCCUGCUAACAGCAGUGGCCACCUUGUCAAGCUACUCAAUCCACCUGCUGCUGAAGUCCUCUGGGGUUGUAGGGAUCCGAGCUUACGAACAACUUGGCUUCAGAGCAUUUGGCACCGCAGGAAAACUGGCUGCUGCCAUUGCCAUUACCUUACAGAACAUUGGUGCCAUGUCCAGUUACUUGUUCAUUGUCAAGUAUGAGUUCCCUUUGGUCAUCCAGGCUUUCCUGCACAUUGAAGAUAGUUCUGAUGAGUGGUACCUGAACGGAAAUUACCUGGUGGUGAUGGUCUCGGUGUGUAUCAUCCUCCCACUGGCCCUCAUGAAGCAGUUGGGUUACCUCGGAUACACCAGUGGCUUCUCCAUCAGCUGCAUGGUUUUCUUUCUCAUUGCUGUGAUCUACAAAAAGUUUCAGGUCCCCUGCCCUUUUCAAGAAUUUCACUUCAACAGUUCGGACAUACUCAACACCAGUAUGCUUGUGGAUUCAAAGAGCAGCCACGCCGAGGAUGAGGAGGAGUUGAGCUGCGGCCCUCGUAUGUUCACCCUUAACUCACAGACGGCUUACACAGUUCCCAUCCUGGCCUUUGCUUUCGUCUGCCACCCAGAGGUCCUGCCCAUCUACACUGAGCUUCGCAACCCCUCCAAGAAGAAGAUGCAGCAUGUGUCCAACAUUUCCAUCACAGUGAUGUACGUAAUGUACUUCCUUGCAGCUCUUUUUGGAUACCUUACAUUUUACGAUAAAGUCGGAGCAGAGCUGCUUCACACCUACAGCAAGAUCGACCCCUUUGACACGCUUAUCCUCUGCGUCCGACUGGCUGUGCUCACCGCCGUCACCCUCACUGUCCCUAUCGUCCUUUUCCCGGUCAGGCGGGCCAUCCAGCAGAUGCUGUUUGCGAACAAGACGUUCAACUGGGUGCGCCACAUCAUCAUUGCUGUUUGCCUCCUGACGCUCAUCAACCUGCUGGUCAUCUUUGCUCCUGGAAUUCUGGGCAUCUUUGGAGUGAUUGGAGCAACUUCAGCACCAUGCCUGAUCUUCAUCUUUCCAGCCGUCUUUUACAUACGCAUUGUACCCACGGAUAAAGAGCCCAUGACCUCAACUCCCAAGAUCCUGGCCGCCUGCUUUGCAGCCCUUGGAUUCCUGUUCAUGAUCAUGAGCCUCAGCUUCAUCAUCAUCGACUGGACAAGCGGGAGCAGCGGCCCCAGCAGGGGCCACUAGGACUGGAGCUUGUGCAGCCCUCUCGCUCUUCGGCCAUCUUGACCUUCCAGUGUUUGUAUGCGGUUGAGUAGGGAGAGAGUGUAACCGUCCGAGGACGCACUAUUCCUUGUUCCCAGGCUGUGCGGGAAUGACGCUUGCCUUUUCUUUCCAAUAAGCUGGCUAAACGGCAAUAAGAGACGAAUGUGAAUCGGAAAUGAACGCGUGUGUAGAAAUGAUCAUGGAAGGUAAACACAUGUGCUACGCUGCUUCAAACGUGAAAACUGAGCUCCCUUCCAAAAUGCUCAAGGGCCAGUUUGGCAAUGUUGGCCAUUUUUCAGCGUUCACCCGAGUGUCCAGCGCAUCUGAUUGUCUCUUUCAGGGGGAAUGCAUUGGACUCAAGGGGGGGCAUGGACUUUGUGUUUUAUGUGCCAUCCUGUUGAUGCCAAACUUAAUGUCUUGUGGUUUCAAUGCUAAAAUGAGCCCCACCUCAGCUUUUGUGUCCACCGGUGGAAUAAAGGGAUAGUGCAUCUUCAGAAUCAGGAAUUACGUGAGAAGCUCAAGAUGACCCGCUUCACCUCUGAUCCCCCUCGUGUCCUCCUCCCGAACUUCAUAGUGACUAAAACUAAUGACCUCAGUCCCACUGCCCCGUCCCCUGACCUUGAAAACUACUGUUAGUGCUGUAUAGGCAAAGAGAAACAAAUAUAAUUACGUUUUAUAAUAACAAGAAGGCACACUUAUGAGUGUUAGGAAAUAGAUUAACUUUGUAUUUUUAUAUUAUGUCUGAAAUGAUAAAUUAUUUAAUAUGUAGAACUGGGAAAAGUACAACAUGCAAAAUCAGUGUAGCAGUCCUGGAAAACAAAAUCCGGGGGGAGCAGCUGUCCCUGCAAGCUACCCGAGGUGACUUUGUCCUCCUGUAAAUGACGACGCACACAGUGAGGUGACGUUUCCAUUUUUCCAACAACUGGGAACUGUGGAAAACAGUUCUUUAUAGGAAGCUGCUGUUUGUUUGUUUCUUCUUUUACUUUGUUUUAAGUCAACACCUGUUACUGUUAGGAUGAAACGUUCACCCGUCCACACGGACCGACUCCCGGACCGCCCCUCUCAAGUGCCAUGAUAUGAGUGUUUUAGGGUGACCCUCAUGUAUUAGGGAGGGGGGGGGUCUCUAAAUCUGUAACGGCAUCGGCCUUUUAGGACUGGGCUUCUGGACGAUCAAUACAAUGAACCUGAAAUGCUCGGCUACUUCUAUACAUUAAACUGUAAAAACAAAAAAAGAUCAAAACCUCAACAGUAGACUUGUGUUUUAUUAAUAGAACCUGCUUUGGAAUGCUCUUCAACAUCGAGUACUGUGGAGACUGAGCUAAAGAUGAAGAACUUCUGUAAAGGCAAACAGUCCGAGUAUCUGUAAGGGAGCUCAGCGGCCAAUUCUGAAGUACAUGAGCCACGCAAGGACAUCAUGGAGGCUGCCUGGUCAGCGCAAAUCAAAUUCUGAGUCUGCCGCUAACUAUCUGUCUAAUCCUGCCUACUAUACUACAAAUGAAUAUCUAUCUAUCUAUCUAUCUAUCUAUCUAUCUAUCUAUCUAUCUAUCUAUCUAUCUAUCUAUCUAUCUAUCUAAUCCUGCCUACUACACUACAAAUUAACAUCUAUCUAUCUAUCUAUCUAUCUAUCUAUCUAUCUAUCUAUCUAUCUAUCUAUCUAUCUAUCUAUCUAUCUAUCUAUCUAUCUAUCUAUCUAUCUAUCACAGUUCCUCUUAAUGCCUCUUAUCCUGCCUACUAUACUAAAAUCUAUCUAUCUAUCUAUCUAUCUAUCUAUCUAUCUAUCUAUCUAUCUAUCUAUCUAUCUAUCUAUCUAUCUAUCUAUCUAUCUAUCUAUCACAGUUCCUCUUAAUGCCUCUUAUCCUGCCUACUAUACUAAAAUCUAUCUAUCUAUCUAUCUAUCUAUCUAUCUAUCUAUCUAUCUAUCUAUCUAUCUAUCUAUCUAUCUAUCUAUCUAUCUAUCUAUCUAUCUAUCUAUCUAUCUAUCUAUCUAUCUAUCUAUCUUAUCCUGCCUACUAUACUAAAAUCUAUCUAUCUAGCUGUCUAUCUAUCUAUCACAGUUCCUCUUAAUGCCUCUUAUCCUGCCUACUAUACUAAAAUCUAUCUAUCUAUCUAUCUAUCUAUCUAUCUAUCUAUCUAUCUAUCUAUCUAUCUAUCUAUCUAUCUAUCUAUCUAUCUAUCUAUCUAUCUAUCACAGUUCCUCUUAAUGCCUCUUAUCCUGCCUACUAUACUAAAAUCUAUCUAUCUAUCUAUCUAUCUAUCUAUCUAUCUAUCUAUCUAUCUAUCUAUCUAUCUAUCUAUCUAUCUAUCUAUCUAUCUAUCUAUCUAUCUAUCUAUCUAUCUAUCUAUCACAGUUCCUCUUAAUGCCUCUUAUCCUGCCUACUAUACUAAAAUCUAUCUAUCUAUCUAUCUAUCUAUCUAUCUAUCUAUCUAUCUAUCUAUCUAUCUAUCUAUCUAUCUAUCUAUCUAUCUAUCUAUCUAAUCCUGCCUACUAUACUAAAAUUAAUUUAUCUAUCUGUCUGUCUGCCUGUCUGUAUGCAUUUGGCAUUACAACUGAUCACUCGAGGUGGGACCCAGAAACUCUUGGACUCCGUCCCUGGACUCAGGUGUAGGGUGCAGUUAUCGACUAUGCCGUUGUCACACUAUGGAUGUGUGUACCUGUAAAGAGCUUUGACUACAUUAUUUUUCUAUAAAUUAUAUCUACUAUGUUAUUAAAGUGUUCCCCGAGAACAUUCAUGCAAGUUCAAGGAGAACAUGCUAAGUUCAGCACAAGCCAUGACUGGGGCUGCAAGGUGACCACUAAAAACUGAGCCCCCAAAUCCCUGUUUAUCCUGCAUGGCUCUAAGUCACUUAAUGACCUUUGCCUCUGUUUUCUAUUUGUUUUCAAAGAAUGGCCCAACAUAGAUGGAGUGAGAUUUAGAAAUGUGCUUUCCAUUACCUGGAGCCAUGUCGAUAGCCGUGUUCUUGACACAGCGCAGGUGGCUGUACUGCCCUUGAUCUCCAGCAGGUGGCAGUACGGCUCUCAGCUCACCCCUGGGCUGCAUUGGACAGACAGACGCUAGAAAGCUGCGUAUGAGAGAAAAGAAAAAUAGGAGGACGCCAGAGCUGGGAAAACGAGAGUCGUCCCAUCGAGACUGAUAGAUUUCACUGACAGUGUGAACCGGUAGCAGGGUCUUACAGCUUACGUCCUUUUUUGUUUUUAAAAUGGCAACAAAUGGCACUGUGUCAUUGAGAAAUAACAACUGUACGUACUUUGGUCUUAGACACCAGCAUUUAUAAAUAAUGUAUAUAAAUAAAACCCUUUGUAUUCUGCUUUCAUAUCCAGCUUGUAUAGUGUAAAUAGCAAUAGAUAGAUGCCGGAUUUAGCCUGUCAAUAAAUAAAGAGCCAUUUUUAAAGGA